AUGCCGAAGACGAGCAGCAGCCAGCCGUUGCCGCAAAAGGAGCUAGCCGUGUUCAGGAGGAUUGUGAAAUGCUACGAGAACAAGCAGUUCAAAACCGGCCUAAAGCUGUGCAAGCAAAUCUUGGAAAAGAAGGACUUUGCCGAACACGGAGAAACCCUUUCCAUGAGGGGUUUGAUACUGAACUGCUUGGGUAAGGAGUUGGAAGCCUUGGAGACCGUCAAGCUCGGACUGAAGCGAGAUAUCGGCUCCUACGUCUGCUGGCACGUGUACGGCUUGGUGUUGCGUCAACAUAAGAAGUAUGAUGAGGCGCUGGUGGCCUACAAGCAAGCCCUAAAACGGGACGAGCUGAAUCAACAGAUUCUUCGAGACCUUUGUCUACUCCAGAUCCAAGUCCGCGAUUUUGAUGGAUACAAGGACACCCGCUUCAAACUUCUAAGCCUCAGGCCACAAAGCAUUUCCUGGUACGGCUACGCGACGGCUUUGCAUCUCCUUAAGGAAUACGACUUGGCAUUCAAUAUUAUUGAGGAGUACCUGAAAUGCGAGCCGCCUCAAUUCAAGAACGACAACAAGCAGAAGAUCGAGUUUUUCUCCCGAUCGGAGUUGAUACUUUACCAGAUUAUGAUUCUGAAGGAAUCCGGAAAGUAUCAAGAAGCUCUGGAGCAUUUGGAGCAGAAUUCGACAUUGGUUGUCGAUAAGCUGGCAUAUUUGGAGAAUAGAGCCCAAAUCCUAAUGCUCCUCAACAACAAAGAAGCUGCUUCCAAGGUCUAUGAAAGGCUGAUCACCCGAAACCCCGAAAACGGCUUUUACUAUCAACAAUUAGAGGCGGCCCUUGGAUUCACUGAAGGCGACACAGACAAAAGGCUGCGGCUCUACGACUCGUUCGCCGAGCGGUUACCCAUGGCAACGUUGCCCCAGAUACUGCCGCUCUAUUUCAUUCAAGAUGAGGGCUUCAAAGUCAGGGUAUUCAACUGGGUGCUCUUGUUACUCCGAAAAGGUGUUCCCUCAUUGUUCAAGAGCUUGGUCCCGAUUUAUAAGUUCCCCUCAAAAGUGGCCAUUUUGGAAAAUAUGCUCAAAGAUUUUGCAUCGAAGAUUGAUAAGAAGGGCUAUGCAAAGGCUUGUUUGUCAGACCUCGAUGAUUACCGGGAAACACCGACUACCUCCAUGUGGCUUUAUUACUUGAUUGCUCAACACUAUGACAAGGUCGGAAAGUACCAACUAGCCAUGGAAUUCAUUGAUCGCGCCAUCACUCAUACGCCGAACAUGAUUGAUCUCUAUAUGGCCAAGGCCAAGAUUUUGAAGCAUCAAGGGAACCUAUACGCUGCCGCCGAUGUUAUGGAGUUUGCCCAAUCAUUUGAUACGGCUGAUAGAUACCUUAACAGCAAAUGCGCAAAGUACCUUCUCCGCGUCUCGUUGGUUGACGAAGCCGAAGCAAUGUGUGCGAAGUUCACGCGGGAAGGCGUGAACGCCUCCGUGACGCUGAACGAGAUGCAGUGCAUGUGGUACGCCAUCGAGCAGUGCAAGGCGUACAUGGCGAAAGGAAAAUAUGGGGACGCUCUCAGGAAAUGCCAUCAAGUUGAAGCGCAUUUCAUCAGCAUCACGGACGAUCAGUUCGAUUUCCACACGUAUUGUUUACGAAAAACAACCCUCACGUCUUACAUCGAGCUCCUACGCUUGGAGGAUCAUUUGAGGAAAAACAGCUGGUAUUACAAGAUCUCGAAGCUUGCUACAAAGAUCUACCUCCGAAUGCAUGACCGGCCACAAGACAUCUUCAAGCAAAAUGGCCUCGAAGAAAACAUGUCACCCGAAGAACUCAAGAAAUUGAAGCGCAAACAAAAGAAGCAGCAGCUGAGGGAGGAGGCGGAGAAGAAGGGGCAGACCCAGAAGCCGGCACCGAAGCGAGAAGAGGGGAUUGAGCCGGUUGGGGAGGAUAUUGAUGGGGAGGUGCUUUUGAAGACUGAGGACCCGCUUAAGGAGGCUGCAAAGUUCAUUUCUCCCGUCCUUCGCUAUGGAUGCGAUAAGGUCUCCGGAAACAUCUUGGCAUUCGAUGUCUAUCAUCGAAAGAAGAGACCGCUUCUCAUGAUCCAAUGCCUCUUGGCGGCAAAGAAGGUAAACCCAGACCACCCUCACGUCCACUUGGCAACGCUGAAACUCCACCAAUUCUUGGCGGAGAAUCAGCAAGAGGGUACGAUUGGAUUGCUGAUUGGCGCUUGGGCAAAGAGCUUCUACCCGAAAGAUUUCGACCCCGUGAAGUACAACGAUGAGUACAUCCAAAAACAUCAGGAUGUCGGGAAAGCCUGGAUUUCAUAUUGGGAGGGCUCAACUCUGUUGAAUCCUAGCAGCGCUUCCGCUGUCAAGGAGCGCGUGAUGUUCCACUUAAAGAAUGUUGAAGUUAAUGGAAAGCCAUUGCAAAGCAAGUUCAAAUUGAAAGACGUCUUGAAGCUGUACGAGCUGGUCACGAUCGGAGUCCUAGGAGACUGGAGUAGUGAUGAGAUCUCCGAGCUCCGACGAGCUUGUGCUCAAAUCUACCCCCACUCCACGGCCCUCGGCGGCGGAAUGCCUGCCAAGCAAUACGCGGAAAAGCACGGCCAAACAGUCCCGGAACCGGAAAAGAAC